AUGCCAAACAGUCGCUUCAAGGGAGGAAAUCAGAGGGCGAACGUGGGGCAACUCGCUCACCGUUGCGAACACGACACUAUAAAGCCUAUCACGAUCAUCCUCAUCACAAAGGGGAAAUCUGAACUGAAGGGUACACCGAGUAUAGUCGGAAUGAAACAAUGGCUACAGCAGAUCGGUCACUCGACUGCCGAAAUUGACGACCUCAACAUCAUUCACGUCACCGGCACCAAGGGCAAAGGCAGCACCUGCGCAUUCAUCGAAUCUUUUCUCCGGGCUUACGGAGAAAGAACCGGAUGGCCAGCCAAGACAGGUCUAUACACUUCACCACAUCUCAUCUACCCUGAGGAGAGGAUUCGUAUCAACUUCAAACCCAUCAAGAGAGACCUCUUCGCAAUGUACUUCUUUGAAGUGUGGGGUAUCCUGUCUCAAGAGCCUGGAAGGUUACCUCGCUAUCUCCAGCUCCUCGCCUUAGUAUCGUUCCACGCGUUCAUCAAAGAAGGCGUAGAGGCAGCAGUAUUCGAGACUCACCACGGAGGCGAAUAUGAUGCUACGAACGUGAUAGAACAUCCUGUCGCAACCGUGAUAACCGCCCUUGGCAUGGACCACGUCCAGCAGUUAGGACCCACUAUCGAAGACAUCGCCUGGCAUAAAUCAGGAAUCUUCAAGCGCGGGGCCUAUGCUUUCUCGUCCCCCCAGGAACCCUCCGCUGCUGAUAUUCUCCGGAAUCGCGCAUCGGAGAAAGGCAUCAACAUCCACUCUAUCGGAAACGAUCCGGACCUUCCAAUAGACAUGCCGCAGUUGAAGCCAGAUGUUCAGCGUACGAAUUGUUCGGUUGCGCUUGCUGCUGUACGCUGUUUUCUCGGAUAUAGAGCUCCCAAAGACCUUCCGUUAUUAUCAGAUGUGGAUGUUUCGCAGGCUAUAAGCCAAUUCUCAUGGCCUGGGCGCUUUCAAAUCAUUGUCGAUGGGGUAUUAAGCUGGUUUCUGGACGGUGCGCACAACGAGAUGAGCGUUAGCAAAGCAGCGGAAUGGUUCAUCGAGAACUCCCAGGGAGAGAAGUGCGUGACCAGCCGGGCCACAUAUCCCCGCUAA